UCCCGUUGCAGCCCGCGCACCUGCCGCGCCCCGGGCGCAUUGGGCAUGCUCCAACGCUUUCUGCGCCGCCCCAGCCUGCCCCGCGCGCCGCCAUGGAGCGCAUCGAGGGCGCAGUAGUGGGUCCCUGCGCCUCCUCGCCCUACCUGCAGCCGCUCAGGCUGCACUACGGCCAGGGCACCCCCAAGUCCUGGGACUUCAUGAAGACCCAUGACAGUGUGACCGUGCUGCUGUUCAACUCUUCCCAGAGGAGCCUGGUGCUGGUCAGGCAGUUCCAGCCAGUUGUGUAUGCAGGUUCCCACUUCCCGGGAACCCUGGCCGUGGUGAGGCAGAACGGGCCCCAGGAGCUGCAGCCUGCUCUGCCCGGUGCAGCGGGGGUACAGCCGGGACUCUCGCUGGAGGAAGUGGCUUGCAAGGAGGUGUGGGAGGAGUGUGGCUACCGCCUAGCUCCCUCUGACCUCCACAGGGUCACCACAACCAGGUCUGGCGUGGGGCUGAUGGGCUCUUGUCAGACCGUGUUCUACGCUGAAGUGACCGACGCCCAGCAUAGUGGCCCAGGUGGGGGCCGGCCCGAGGAGGGUGAGCUCAUCGAGGUUAUGCACCUGCCCCUGGCCGGAGCCCAGGCCUUCGAGGACAGUGGGGACAGCCCCAAGACGGGCAUCUCCUGGUUCUUCAGCCACGUGGCUCCCACCUGCGUACCCGUGGCCUCGACCUCCACAGCCGCGGACCCGGAGAGCUCCAGCCGGGCCGUGCCUAGCGGAAGGCGGCGCAGGGGCGCGUGGCUCAGCGCCGGCGCCAGAGAGGAACGGCGCCCCCUGCAGCCGGCGCGAGGAGGGGGCGCGCGAGGGUGCGGUGCCGCGCGUGGGGCCGACCCGGCGCGCGAAGGGAGGGCGCCGCUGCACCGCUGCCCGACCCCGACCCCCGGCAGGAGCCCGGGUCCGAGCCGCCUCGCCGGGCGCGCGGGAGAGCACACCGCCAACCCCGCGCCCUCCACCACCAGGGCGCUGCCGGGCGGCGCCCUCCGCCGCCUUUAA